AUGGUUAAGUUAACUCAAAUCGAUGAUGCAACUGCAUCUAAACUUAAUGAGAAUAAUGAUGCAUCAAAAUCAGAACACUUCAGUGACAGUGAUUCUGAAUCCGAGUCUGACUUUGAUGAUGACUUCGAUAUUGAGAAUGAAACUUUCUAUGAUAGAAUUGUUGCAUUGAAGGAUAUCAUCCCCCCAAAACAUAGAAAUCAGAUUGCAUCUUCUGGGCAAACUCUUGGAGAUUAUUUGAGCGCUGGAUUCUCUAAAGGGGGAAGCAUUUUAUGGGGUAUUACUUCAUCUGUACUUCUUUUAAGUGUACCUUUGUCGUUGGCAAUUUUGGCUGAGACCCAGUUACAAGAGAUGGAAAAGGAAAUGUCAUUACAAAACUCGGCACAAGAAGUUUUGGCUCCAGGGUCAGAAUCGGCUUUUAACAAUGAAAAGAAACCCGCUAGUGCUUAA